UAAUUCACAAGAGUAACACCAUCAAAAGAAUCGAAUUGACACUCCACAUUACAAUGAACAUGUGUGAUUAAGUAACCUCAUCGUUCAUCUAUAUAUCUCUCUCUCGCUAGAUACAUAUCAAUUUAGCUUCAACUCUCAAGUCUCAACCAUAACCAUGGCCCCCUUCUUCCUCAUCGUCCCUCUCAUCUCUUUCUUUCUUUUACUACUCACAUUUUUCCGCACAAGAAGACUCCACAACCUCCCCCCAGGCCCACCCUGUCUCCCCAUAAUCGGAAACCUCCACCAGCUCCAACAACCCUUCCACCGCACUUUCCACACCCUCUCCCAAACCUACGGCCAAAUCUUCUCUCUCCGCUUUGGCUCCCGCCUCGUCGUCGUCGUCUCAUCCUCCUCCGCCGCGCAAGAAUGCUUCACCAGAAACGACAUAGUCCUCGCAAACCGGCCUUCUUUCCUCCUCGGCAAGUACAUCAGUUACAACAACACCACCGUCUUGAACUCCUCGUACGGCGACCACUGGCGCAACCUCCGCCGCAUCUUAUCCCUCGAAGUCCUCUCCUCGCACCGCCUCAACACGUUCACGGAGCUUCGAAGAGACGAAGUGAUGAGAAUGAUGCAGAAGCUCGCACGUGACAGCACGUGCGGUGACGGUGGUUAUGUGAAGGUGGAGCUGAGAUUGUUGUUCUCUGAAAUGACGUUUAACACGGUGAUGAGGAUGGUUUCCGGGAAGAGGUACUACGGUGAGGACUGUGACGUGAGUGAAGCGGAGGAAGCGAGGGUAUUCAGGGAAAUUAUCAAGGAGAUUGUUAUGUUGGGAGGGGCUAACAACCCUGGAGAUUUCAUUGGUUUGUUGAGGUGGUUUGAUUUUGAUGGGCUGGUGAAGAGGUUGAAGAGGUUAGGUAAGAGAACUGAUGCGUUCUUACAGGGACUCAUUGAUGAGCAUCGUGAUGGGACGAAGAAGUGUGGCAAUGCUACCACCAUGAUAGACCAUCUCCUCACCCAACAACAAUCACAGCCUGAGUACUACACGGAUCAAAUCAUCAAAGGACUUGUUCUGGUUAUGCUGCUUGCUGGAACAGACACAUCAGCUAUAACUUUAGAAUGGGCAAUGUCUAAUUUAUUAAACAAUCAAGAAGUAUUGAAAAAGGAAAAACAUGAAUUGGACACAUACAUAGGACAAGAUCAUCGCUUAGUAGAUGAAGCUGAUAUUUCACAACUUCCCUACCUUCAAAACAUUGUCUAUGAGACACUUCGCUUGCACCCUGCUGCUCCGUUGUUGCUACCUCAUGUGUCUUCUGAAGAUUGCACCAUAGGGGAAUACAACAUCCCACGAAACACAAUUGUGUUGGUCAAUGCUUGGGCCAUUAAUACAGAUCCCAAGUUGUGGAGUGAUCCUACUUGUUUUAAGCCAGAGAGGUUUGAGAAAGAAGGUGAAACAAACAAGUUAAUGACAUUUGGGUUAGGGAGAAGGGCUUGUCCUGGAACAAACUUGGGUCAACGCACGGUGGGAUUAACUCUUGCCUUAUUGAUUCAAUGUUUUGAGUGGAAGAGAACAAGUGAGAAAGAAAUUGAUAUGACUGAAGCAAAAGGGGCCACAGUGCCAAAAAAGGUUUCAUUAGAAGCCAUGUGUAAGAUGCGUCAACAGCUGGGAAAUAAGGAUAUUUUGUGAUAACUGUUGAAGGCAUGCAGAAGGUAUAAUCAUCUUGAAGUAGCUAUGAAAGCAUGUACGUAGAAUAAAUAAAUAUUUGUGCUAAAAUAAGUGCAGGAUCACUAGUCCACAGUUCAGUUUGAUUCUCAUUAUCAAUUAUCUAUCUCAAAAAAAUUCUCAAUUUCUCAUCA